ACCGUCACCGGAAGUCUUGAGUCUUAUUCUGACAAGCUCGAAGCAGGUCCCCGUUCCCGCAGCCCGCUGCCCCAUCCCUCGCGCCGCGGGACCGUUAUCUCUGCACACUCAAACCUUGCGUGUCCGCGCGUGAGUCCGAAACGUCGCCCGGGGACGAGACGAGCCAGCCAGAGGAGCCGCAGCUCACCGGAGGACGUCACUUGCGUGGGAAAUGUUUCUGGCUCCGAAGUGGUGGAUUUGUGUCGCCUGCCUGUCGGGUGUCCUCCCGCCCGGCUGCUCCGGGGUCAACGUGUUCGUGAGAGAUGAGAAGAAGUAUUCGGUGCUGUUCCAGUCGGUGGUUCUGCCGUGUCAGUACAACAGCGUGUCCACCCAGACGCCCGUGGUGCAAUGGGUCUACAAGUCAUACUGCCGGGACCGCACGCGGGAUUCCUUCAACUUCCCUGACAGCUUGGGCAAAGGCCAGGCAGGCGGUGGCCCCACGGGUGGAGCAAGAGGAGCGGGUGGAGGGUACGAGACGGGGAUGACGGCGAACUACCUGGACUGCGCGGACAGCAGCCGGACGGUCCGAACCGUGGCCUCCAUGUCGGGUUCCUCAAUCACACUGUCGGAGUACUACAAGAGCAGAGACAUCUCCAUCACCAACAAGGCAGACCUGCGCAUAGGAGAGGUCCAGUGGGGAGACAGUGGCGUCUACAUCUGCAAAGUGGUAAUAUCUGAUGAUUUGGAGGGACAGAGCGAAGCCUCCGUGGAGCUGCUGGUUCUUGGUUUCUCAGGUGUGCCUGAAGAUCUGCUGCCAGGCUUUGACUUGAAGAUUAUGCCAGAGUGGGUGUUUGUGUCGGCCGUGGCGCUGGGCAGCGUCUUAUUCCUGCUGCUAUUCGGGGUUUGUUGGUGUCAGUGCUGUCCUCACUCCUGCUGCUGCUACGUCAGCUGCUGGUGCUGCCCCGACACGUGCUGCUGCCCAAGACACCUUUACGAGGCGGGUAAAGGUAUAAAGACGGGCACCUCCACACCUGCCUACCCUCCAUACUUUGUCACCGGUGUCCCGACGAUGGUCCCAAUCGCUCCGCCUUCUCUGGUGGACAAGAUGUCCGCCGCCCCCCCUUCGGAGGUCAGCCUGCUCACAGCAGUGCCGAUGCAUGCCGUAGGGGCUCCCUACCGCGUGCCUUCCUCUCAGGAUCAGGACUCUCUCAGGGUGCUGCAGUACGUAGAGAAACAACUGGCUCACUUCAACCCGGCCAGGUCCAUCAGCCACCAGACCUGCAGCCUGUCCGAGCUGAGCUCCCUCCACGAGGGCGAAGCCGGCUUCCGCCAAACCUACCGCAACGUCCAGAAGAAAGCUCUGCCCGCCAUCCCUGACCACGACCCUCAGCCCGAGCCCCAGCGCUACCGUGACAACCGCAGCCCGGAGCCUCAGCGUUACCGCGACGACCCUCCUUCCCCCCAGCGGUAUCAGGAUGACCCCGACGCAGAGCCCCGCCGCUGCCAGGACCAGGAUCUCCCCCUGCGGCGGCACAGCGACGACCCCCCGACCAGCCCGCGGCCGCGCAGGCCCGGACGGAACCAACGGCACCAGGAUCACAGCGAGGAGGAGCCCCCCAACAGGUGGAACCCUCGUUCAGAACAUCUGCACAGGAAGGCGUACCGCACCGGCGGGCGGACCAUCUCGCUGGACGAGCUGGAGGAGUUUGCGGCUUCCUACAAGCAGAGGGGAAGCCGAGAGGACGGGAGAAGGGAGGAGGAGAGGGGAGAGUAUGAGAUGGAGCUUCGGGAGUUCCGUCGAUAUCCCUCCCACCGCAAAGGCCCCCCACAGCACUACCACACUGACGAGAACGAGCUGGCAGACGACAGCGACCACGGCGAUCGCCCCAGGCGGAACACGAAAGGCGGACAGAACAUAAGCCCACUUCAGUCGCCCAAAAAGAGGAGGGGCACCUGGGACAGCGAGCGGCCCGCCCCCCCCCCACCCAGAGUCAGUCCACCGUCGACCUCUUCUCAAGAGAAGGACUACGACGGCGCGUUCCUCAACAGCCUGCUGGAGCGCAAGGCCAAGUUGCGGGGGGUCAGCCAGGAUUCGGACACGCCCUCGAAGGACAGCUCGAAGAAGAGCAGCGGGGAAUCGAGCCGGCCGUGCAGCCGCUCGCCCAGCAACAGGCCCGAGGCCGGGUCACUGCCGCCCUACUCGGACACGGAGCGGGGCAGAAGUGACAGGCCGCCCCCGGCGACCACUCGCUCCCCUCAGCCUCCCGUCCAUCCGCCGCCCGCUCGCAGAGAGGAGCCCAGAGACAAGACCCGCAAAGUGGUCAGGUUCAGACGCUACUACAGUGAGAACUAGAGCACUCUUCUCAGCCGGGACUCCCUCAUCGUCUGACGCACGGACCGAGGACUUUCACCCCACAGGAGCUGCAUGGCAGCUGACGAAAGGUGAUGUUAAAAAGUUGUACUUUGUACAGCAAUACUUGUAUUGCAAAUAAGCGCAGUUGACUGUGCAGGAAAUCUGCAUGAGCACCGGGAAUGAAGAAAUGGACAAAAGAGACACUUUUACUAUUCACACUGACGCGGGGGUUUCUGCCUGUGACGUCGCUGAAUGAUGAAGUCAUCACUGUUUGGUUUCUGUCACCGGCAGCCUCAUAUACAUCUCAGCUGGACUAACAGUGAACCAGCACAGGCUAUGACCUGGACCCCCCCUCGCCCCCCCGGCAGGACGCUGUUCAUCUCCUCGCGUCGCUUUAGAAAAGACUAUUUUACGCUACCAGCACAAUGAGUGCAUUCUUUUCCACUUGGUGAGAUAUCUGCUUUGAAUAAGCACAGUUGCAGAAACUGAGGUAUAACAGCAUGAUUGUAGAGGACAUACUGUGGCUUCAGCUGAAUAACAAUACAAACUGUGUGUCAUUCAAGGGCUAAAUCAUCUGACUUAAACAGCCUUUGCAAUGUUAAUGUUGACGUAAAGCUGGUAGUAGUAACCAACAUUGCCAAAUGUUAAUAUGUUUAUCUGUAAUGGGAAAAAAACAUUGAGCAAAGCCCGUGUGAGUCUGUCCCUGACUUACUGACUUAAUGAUGAAGUUACACUGUCGGCUGGUCCAGUGUUCAGUUUCAUGUUCAUUUCCAACUGCACGGGCUGAAUGGAAGCCAGAGUGCACUCGCUGCAGACGCUGCUGUCAGGAGACCAAAACGGAGCUAAAUGGAGAGUGAAACACAACUCCGAAUGAUCGAGAAUAUUCCAGUGUAACAAGCAACGGUUUCAAUGUUCGCCGUUACAACUUCGUUUUUUUUUUACGUUUGUGUUUACAGCUUUUUCUACUGCCCCCAUGUGGCUAAAAUACCCAGUGGAGAAAAAGGAGCCUUCAGACUCUAUUGGCAGAAAUGGAAAAGGAUUUUCUUUAGUGUGUUAAUCACCUCAAAAUAAGGAUCAUUAUGUUGUUGUUAACAGACAGAAGCUCCUCUUCACAGAUCCGGACGCCGUGUUUCCACAGUAGCUCAGAAACUAAACAUCGGCCGUAAUAUGCGCCCUUAGAGCGCUAGAUGCCGCCAAAUCCUACAAACUGCUCCUCACGGACUCAGUCGUGCAGAUGCUCCCAAACUGUAGGAGGGCCAGUUUGAAAUGAAUGACAACACGCAGCAUAAGCCAAACAAUGUAGGGAACUAAGAAAUGGACUAAUGCUGCAGCCCGACACUAAACUUCUACAUUACGUUCCUGAAUCAUAAAGCAUUAAUAUUGUUUUGUCUCCUCUCUGUACGUCCGUUCAUCUCCUGUUAAAACAUGUUAGUUUGCACAAAUCAACUAUUUACUCCGAGGGACUAAAGCCUAAUAAAUGUUGUUUUAUAUAAACGAUUAAGAUACUAAACCUGCCUGUUCCGAGGCUUUUGUUUUUCUACGAUGUGACGACAUUUUUAUAUGUAAACUGGACCUCUUUCUGUGUGGUGUGAUAUGAUGGAUUUGUAAAUGAUUGUUUGUUAAGGCUGUCCAGGGUGACAGUGUACAGAAGAUGAAGUGCCUCCAGCUUGAUAACUGUGAUCCAGCCUCUUCUUAUCGCUGCUGAGUCAACAGCUUCUUACCUUAUCAACAGCCACACGCAGCACACAAAUGCAGAAUACACAGCGGCCUUCCGAUUUCUUACGUCCUUUUUUAUAACAAUACACCAAACAGUAUUUCAUUAUUCCUGCCAUCAUGUUGUGCCACGAACUGUUUUCUUCUACCCUGUUUUGUGCUGUCUGGUACUGAAGUGUGUGUGUGUGUGCGCGAUGACUCCUUACUUUUCUGAAGAAGACAAUGUGUAAUUGAGUGUGACUCAUCUCUUUGUUCAUUGUUGUAACCACAGAUUGCUUUUCUUUUGCGUGGUCGUUUUGUCAUCAACUAAUGUCACAAUAUUUUUUUCCACCAUAACAUAUUUAUUUAUUGGCAGGACAGAAACAUAAAGACCAAAAGUGUUUAUCUCUCCACUGCCUCUGCAAAUAAGCUGAGUAGAAAUAAUGUUAGUUAUUUGUAAUAGUAGUAAUUGAUAACCAGUAUUAUUCUUCAUUAUGAGACGUUUAACUUUUAGUGUCCAUCAACUUUACUUGAGCUAAGAAAAUAAAUCCAAUGGGAUUUUAGGUUAUUCGUGUUAUGCAAAGACCUACAUUGCAAAUUAACAACAUGGCAGAUGACAUGUUUGUAAUUCAAAAGCAAGUGUUGUUAAUAGUACUUCUGUUGUUCUACUUUAGAAACAAAUUACUUCUCGUUCUCAAGCAAAAGAGACCCCCAGUGGGAUGAACAGAAGACAGCAAAGCACCUCAAGAGCAAUUCAUCAGAUUACAUUAAAGCGAAGCCCUCUUCCUUUUCUUUGUGUCUAUUGUCCUUCUUGUGAGUGACGGAGACAUGUGUUUGUGGUGGGAGGGAUCAGCUGGAGGGUAUGUCAGGAAUGUUGUUGAGCAGCUUCUUCCUGCAGAGACAUCAGCAGGGAAACAGGACAUCACCUCGCGCCCCCAGUGGAAGCUUUGUGUUUCUAUGUGCCAGGUAUUACAUACACUUUGUAACAUUUUAAUAAAAAUUGUGUGACAGGUGGUGGGGGGCGGAGGGGGUUGAAUACAGUCAAUCAAAGCAGCAUGUGCUGCCUGCUGGCAGCGUGCAUUUGGUUCCAUUAAUCAAAAUCUAGUAACUACAACUGAUUGACUAAUGGUGUGUAAAAGAUGGAGAUACUAAAGGAACGUUCCAUUAUACCUUUUUUAAAGAAUGUGAAUCUGUAUUGUUUCUUUCCAUCGCCAGCAAAGCCACUCGUCAUAUAUUUAAGUUCUUUAUAAAUAAACCUGUGCAACAUAGA